CGUUAGAAUUAUACUUAGAACUUAAAACUUACAAUAUUUCAUCAAGGAAAAUCAUUCUGAAAGUUUUGGACAUUUGAUUAACCCGAUUUCCAAAUUUUCGGAAUUUUACUGGGCAAACCCCAAUGUGCAUAUUUUCAUUGUGUCAUUCUCCAUUCUUGUUUCAUCUAUGCAAUUUAUAAAUCUACAUUAUAACACUCGCUGUCUGUCUGUGAGCCAAUUUAAAAAGGGAUUUUGAGAUUUUGUAAUCGAAAACGUUAUUCACUUCCACCAAUCACGGCCACCCACCAAGUAUUAUUUAAAUGAUAAAUCAUUUUAACCAUACUAAGUUGAGGUUUUGGGACAUGAUUUCCUGCAAGAUAUUUAUUUAAAGUCCUGAAAUUUUUUUCGAAUUUACUUGCUUAUGUUUAAAAAAUGUUAGUUUGACGAAAUAUAUUAAAAUAUGACGUUACAAUGGUAAAUCUUAGCAUAUAUUGGGAGAAUUUGUUUAUUAUCAGAAGAAGUUACUCACAAAAUAAUUUUGAAAUCCGGUCUGUUAUUACUGGCAGAUAUCCCAGUCUUGUAAUGGCCGGCGUUUUUUCGCAAACUGCGGACUCUAUCAACCCUUUGCGACUCUUAUAAAAGAAAAAGCAUGAAGGCGUACACUAUUCUGACUUUAUUUAAGGCUUUCCUACCCAACCACGUUUUGCCUUCUUUAGCAACCCAUUCUUGACCCCAGAGCUCUUUGAGAUAAACUCGCAACCCUUAGCACUCGUGCGGAUAACCACCGCCGCCUCUUUGCUUAUUUUGGUUAUAUUGUAUCACGCUUUUAUAAGAAUCUUAUUUGUUUGCUGGUAUUUCAGGCUAAAAAGUAGGCCUAUUGUUUAGAAAAAAAAAAGAGAAAUAAAAAACCACAGAGAAAUAAAAUAAUGACUAGGCCCUGUUUGAAUUUUUAUAUUCUUAAGAAAAAGCGUGUGUACCGUUAACGAUCACAUUUGUGAAAUUGUUUUCUCACAAAAAUUAUUUUUUAAAAAAUAUUGCUGGUCGCACCAUUUAGCUGCUUUAAAUUUGCGUUUGUGGUCACAGGCCAAGAAGCAUACACCACUGUGUUUUUCUCGAAUGUAAAUUAAACAACAGAAUUGGGUGUGUUACUAUUGUGAAUGUAUUUUAGUUGCUCCUUUUUAUUAGCGAGAUUAGCUUCUGCAUCAUGUUUACUUUUACAAAAAGCAAGCUACUUUGGCAUAUUUUUUGUCUUGUGUGCAUAAAAAAAUAUGUACUGAAAUAUGUUCUCCCAUGUAGGUGAUUUGAUUUGCCUUAAUUAUUUAACAAACACGUCGCGGGUUUUCAAAAAACAGACCUUUUUGGAGAGAGCUGUUAAUUAGCUAAAGUGGGUUUUAAGUCGACGCUCAGUCUUUAAGUCAUCUUUAAGAUAUUUGGAAUCUGAAAUUGACUCUUUUAUUAUUAAAUUACAACAAUUCGCAUCUCGGCAUACACAGUAUAAAGCAAAAGAAAUUAAAAACUUCAAAGAUGAUGUAAUCCAUUCCAAGAGUAUGUUUUGUUUGGAAAGUUCAAUAAAUGAUUGUGAUAUGCAAGAAGAGAGAAUUACUGUACCUCCAUCAGGUGAAAAAAUCGAGAGAAACGGACACAAUACUGCAAAUUUAGAAGAACGACUAGCCCAAAAAGAAAAAGAAUUAAACGAAGAAAUAAUAAAAAGAAAACAAUGUGAAAAAGAACUUCAGGAAAGCAAAGCGAAUCAUCAGAAAGAUAUUGCUCGGUUUCAACAUGAGAUUUCUAACAGGCAGCGCCAUAUGACGAAACUUACAAACAGCCUUGAGAAAGAAAAAGCCAGGGCACAACAGCUAUAUUAUGAAGUUAGAAGGUUAAAAAUGAAAAAUUCCGCUUUGAUGUCAUCACAAGAAGAGUUUGGUGUGGUAUUUACAGAUAAAUAUCUUCCACAGAAAAUUGCAUCAAAGUGUAAAACUUUGUUCAGAGAGCAGUAUUCUGACGCUCGAUAUUUUUUGAAAGGAAAAAAAUUCAGAAAUCCGGAAGUUUGUAAUAUCCUUAAAACAAUCUUCGUCAAUGCCAACACAUUGACCAUGGAAACAAUCAGCAAAGGAAAGAAAGCUACAAGAGAAGCUAUACAUGAAACCCUCCCAACGAAAUAUUUCGAGAAAAAUGAUGACAAAAACUUACCACAGGAGAUGGAAAGGGAAUUCUCUCGACGACUUCGACAAUAUCCUAGUAAAGAACAACAAGAAUGUUUGAUUGAGAAGCUGAUGAAGCCUUAUCAUCAUUUUGAUGCUAGUGAUAAGUGUGUCAGACGUUAUGUGGAAGAAUGUGUUCAAGUUACGUGGUUAAUGAAUGCAAGCUCUCCACCAAUGUAUGCAUCAUUUGACGACCAAAGUGUUUGCAGUGAAAAGUACGAAGUACGGGAUGGUACUGGAGACAAGAUAAGAUAUUGGAUAUGGCCUUGCAUAUAUUUUUCAAAAGAAGCCUAUUGUAAUGGCGAAGACGUUAUGGUAAUGGGAGUAGUUGUCACAGAUUAAUAAUUCACUCCUUAUUUAAUUUUGAAAGCAAUGUUUAUGCUUUUGUUUGGAUAUCUGCACUUAUCUGCUUAGAUAGCGAUUUCAAGACAGAGAGAGUCUAGUGUAUUAAGCUAGCUGAUCGAUAUAACCUUGCUCAAUAUGAUUUCUUCCAAAAAACAUUUUUUUUUUUUGUAAACGAAAGUAGCUCAAUGCCUUAGCUGAAUGUUACGUUACUCUAACUGAAUUAGUUAACAGUCACUCGAAUGAGUCGUGUCGACGCUUACAGAAAAACAAAAGUAUCUGUUUCCAUGAAGGCAAAACACUAAAAUAAAAUACAGUGAACCCUGUUUUUCUUCAAAGUUUCAAAAUGCAUCAUUAUUAAACAGCGUGUUAAAGAGGUACGCAAAUAUUUUUUUCAAGUAAAUGUUAUUUAACACGAGAAACCUACUCUUACCAAAAAGUUAGUUCUCCAAUAUAUUUAUUUGAAUAAAUUUGUACACGUUCAAUAUUUUAUUAAGGUUUUCUUCUCUUAAUGAUCUGCUUAUAUUGAUAUACAGAAGAAACAUGUGCUUCCUAUUAAUAGCUACAGUAUGCAGGCGGAAGUCAGAUAACAAAUAUGUUUGCAAAUUGUAGUCACGGGACAAAUUAGUUAAAUGGUACUUAAAAAAUUAUUUAGUUUUGGAGGCAAACAGUUAUUUUUGAUGAGAUAAUUAAUGACUAGGUGGUA